AUGUACGGAACAUGGGGUGAGAUUGCCCAGUUGUCAGGCCGCAAAUCUACUGACCUAGAGGAACGUGGUUCAAACCUUAUCUCUGAUCCUCGACUUACCCUGUCUAGGCUUGGGCAACCUGGCAGUAGCCCAGUCCUCGUGCUUCCUUCGGGUGACGUGGCAGCUAGACUCGAAAGGCGUCAACAAACCCAGGCUCUCCACGUAACACGAGGAGAUGUGCAUCACUAUCACAAACAUCAAACGUUCGCCCCGGAGGCCAAAUCAAUACAUGACUGCGUCUUCCACCGUAUCGCUCGCGUAAUCUUCCAUAUAUUCUGCAAAACCUAUUUCAAACCUCUUCUUAGGUAUACCAACCAAACUGUCUACUCAGAACGCAGGAAAAACGUAACCUUUGUUGUGCACGCACAAAGAGCUUCUAGGAAAAUGGUUAGAUGCCUUAAAUCUGUUUGUUAUAAAAAGCGUCUCACCGUGCUUGAUCUCUUGGAAUAUUGUCGUCUCUGA